AGAUCCCGCUGUGCGCCGGCUGCAACCAGCACAUCGUGGACAGGUUCAUCCUCAAGGUCCUGGACCGGCACUGGCACAGCAAGUGCCUGAAAUGCUCCGACUGCCAGACGCAGCUGGCCGAGAAGUGCUUCAGCCGCGGGGACGGCGUCUACUGCAAGGAGGCCUUCGUGUACCACCUGCACUGCUUCGCCUGCAUCGUCUGCAAGCGGCAGCUGGCCACCGGCGACGAGUUCUACCUCAUGGAGGACAGCAGGCUGGUCUGCAAGGCGGACUACGAGACGGCCAAGCAGAGAGAGGCGGAGUCCACGGCAAAGCGACCCCGCACCACCAUCACCGCCAAGCAGCUGGAGACCCUCAAAAACGCCUACAACAACUCGCCCAAACCAGCACGGCACGUCCGGGAGCAGCUCUCCUCGGAGACAGGGCUGGACAUGCGGGUGGUGCAGGUCUGGUUCCAGAACCGGAGGGCCAAGGAGAAGAGGCUGAAGAAAGAUGCCGGGAGGCAGCGGUGGGGCCAGUACUUCAGGAACAUGAAGCGGUCCCGGGGGACCUCCAAGUCGGACAAGGACAGUAUCCAGGAGGAAGGGCCUGACAGUGAUGCUGAGGUCUCCUUCACAGACGAGCCGUCCAUGUCGGACAUGAGCCAUUCCAACGGGAUUUACAGCAACCUGAGCGAGGCCUCGCCGGCGCUGGGGAGGGCGGCCGGGAGCAACGGCAGCUUCGCGCUGGAUGCCGGCGGCCUCGCGCCUCCGGAGCAGUACCACGACCUGCGCUCCAGCAGCCCCUUCGGGAUCCCACCGUCGCCGGCCUCCUUGCAGGCUCUGCCCGGCCACCAGCCCCUCAUCUCCAGCCUCGUUUACCCAGACGGCGGCCUGGGCCUCAUGGGCCAGGGCGGACAGGGGGUGCCCCCGGGCAUGCGCGUGCUGCCCGGGAACGGACCCAGCUCCGACCUCUCCACCGGCAGCAGCGGCCGCGAGUUUUGGGCCAGUUUCAGGCUGCUCUUCGGCUGCUCCGUCUCCGCACGACGCCUUUACGGGGAGCUGACCGUGGGGAACGGCAAGGCGAUGUGUAUAGUGUUACCUAAAUGCUUUGAUAACCAGAAGCAAAAAGUGACCGUCCGGGGACCGCUCGUCUUGGAGGCCGCGGUGCCGAUCGCGCUGCGCAAGCCCCGCUCGCAGAUGGGAUCUUUCUGA